CCAUGGGCCCUGUAGUGGGUACUCGGCCCACUAUACUGACAAAUUUCCCCUCUGCGUUAGAUCUCUUCCCGCCUCUCUCUCUCUCUCUCUCUCCUCCCCGCCCCCACUCUCCUCGCCUCUCUCUCUAUCCUCGCGUCUCUGUCUCUCCUCGCCUCUUUCUCUCUCUUCGCCAUUACCUCUUUCUCUUAUACACACCUUUCCCGCUUCCCGCCUCUGCCCCUCUCUCUCUCUCUCUAUCUCUCUAUCUUUGUGUGUUUUUAAUCCAAAUCGCUUCUCAUCUCUGUGUGGAAAUUCCACCACUUUCUCUUCGCAAAGUCUACGCCCAAGGAUCAGUGAAGAAUGGCGAACAAGAAAAAGGAAGAAGGGGCAUCCUCAGAGAAGAAGCGCCGGCGAGUUGGAUUCUCCAUCAUAGAUGCUGGGAUUGAAGCGAAUGAGUGCAUAAAAGUUUUCUUGGUAAGCAGCCAGGGAGAAAUGAAUGGUGCAAAUGGAUUUUGUAUUGAGCCAAUAGACCUGAAUCAGUUUGCUGGGAAAGAUGGAAGGAUAUAUGGUUACAAAGGGUUAAAGAUUGAGGUUUGGUUAAAUUGCGUAUCAUUUCAAGCAUAUGCAGAUAUAGUGUACGAGAGCUCAUCAGAUUGCGGCAAAGGGAUCACGGAUCUUAACCAAAUUCUACAGAGCAUAUUUGGAGAAUCAUUGAUUGAAAAUAAGAAUGACUUUCUUCAAAUGUUUUCGGCUGACAAUGAUCUUCUCAGCAGACAUGUUGUUCCCCUGGGGGAAGUGGUACACUGUGAAGCAUCUGGAGAAAAGACGAUUUCAUUUGAGAACCAUUCAGAAAAGGGAGCUUGUUCUGAAGAGCAGGACCAGAUUGUUGUAAUGGACAUGGGGAGCAUGCACGUUAAAGAGCUAUACAAUCAUCUGGUGCCGUUUCUUCUUCUUCUCGUUGAAGGCAGCAGUCCAAUAGACCUCGACGAUCCGAAGUGGGAAAUGCUCCUCAUUGUCAAGAAGAAAGUUGAUGGUUCAGGGAACACCCAUCAUAGACUACUGGGUUUCGCUACCAUCUACAGUUUCUAUCAUUACCCAGAUACUUCUCGCUUACGCAUUGGCCAGGUUCUUGUUUUACCUCCUUAUCAGGGCAAAGGGUAUGGGCGCCACCUUCUUGAGGCUGUGAACACUAUUGCGGUAUCACGAAAUAUGUUUGAUAUUACAAUUGAGGAGCCUUCGGAACACCUCCAAAACAUUCGUGAUUGCAUGGAUACAAUUCGGCUUCUCACAUUUGCGCCUCUCAAAACUAUUCUUUCAUCUCUCUUUUCUAGGCUUAAGGAGGAGAGGCCACAAAAUAGUUCUAUUGCAUUCAAAUAUUUCCCUCCUAAAAGUUUGGUUGGAGAAGUCAGAAAAGAGCUGAAAAUAUACAAGAAACAGUUUUUGCAGUGCUGGGAAGUUCUUCUUUUUCUAGGUUUCUACAAGAUAAGUGCAAGCACUGAGAUUUUCAGGGCCUGGCUAGCUGCAAAAGUUGAAGCUGAGACAUUUGAUAGGGGUGAGAUAAGUGCUAUGAAGAAGUGUGUGAUUGAUGUGCAGAAUGAAUGUGGACAUGACAAGACAUUCGUCAUGGUGCGAUUUGAGGGUGAGGUGAGUCCAGAGAUUGAAACUGGAGUUCUACAGAAAGAUGAGUCUGGAGAAAGAGAAAGAAAAGAAGAGAUGGAAAAGUUCAUUGAGGGGCGGCUGAAAGAGAUCAAAGCGAUCUCUGAAAAGGUCUCCCUCCACUGUGAGAAUUUGGGAAUUCCUAUUUCCGUUGCUUGAAGUUGGAAAGAAUUUUACACCGGAGAGAGAGAGAGAGAGACAGAGAGAUUAGAGUCAUGACCAACCCUUUUUGAGCUUUCAUUGAGUAUUUUUGCAGGGUGGAAGGUUUCACUUUGUUCUUUAGAGUUGAAAACUGCAAGAAUCAACUGCACUGAUUGGACUUGGUGUUUGCGGAGGACUUUGGUUGUAAUUUAGUAACUUGACAGGUUUUUCAUUUUUGUAUUGAGUUGAAAAUCCGUAAUAGAUAUUGAUUCAAAGUAUUUGCCUUGGGCCUU